AUGUCAAUGUCAAUUCAACUGAGAGUACGCUUGGCAAGCAUGCGCUUUGCAAGCUCUCAUUGCAUUUGCGUCGGACUGCAGUGGGCCUUUCAAGCGCAAGUGAAGCGAUCGGAAGUCAUCCCGCCCCUGUGUCCGGAUCCCCUCUCAGCCGCAAUGAAGCUUGCCGCGUUGCUGAUUGCAGCCGUUCUUCAGAACACGGCAGGAAUGAAGCUCGGGAGCCUCGAGAGCAAAUCAGUCCAGCUCGGCGACAAGCGCAACCAAUCCGCCCUGCUCGGCAAGACUGCCGUGCAGCUGGAGCCCGAGGCCUUCGCCUUGUUUGGUGCAAAAAACACGCCAGAGCUGGCCGAGUUGAAGAAGCAGAUGGCCAACAGUAUCAAGAAUGAGAUGAAGCCGGCCUUGAUGGCAAACUUGCAGAAGGUGCAAGCACAAGUGGACGCUGCCGCGAAGGCAGGCAACCAGUGUGGUUCCAAGGCCCUCGAAGAAGCUUCUGAGUACAACAGCAAGUUUUCUUCGGCAAAGGACGCCCAUGCGACAUGCAGGGGCGAGGAGAGCACCUUGAUUCGCGAGAACAAGACGUGUUCCACCGAACUCACGGAGCUCACAACUGCGAAGGAGACUCAGUGCAACGCCGUAACGGCCUUGGAGCAAAGUCAGUCCAGGGCGAGUGAGGCCUGUGCGACGGCCAGCGGCGAAAGCUACUUGGCACAGAUGGAGCGGCUUCGGAGCCACUUCGAUCAGGCUGUGACGGAGUACAAGAACCAGAAGGACCUGUGCAGCACGGCCACGGCAAAGGUCGGCAAGAAGCUAGGCCAGGAAUGGAAGGCGACCGAAUGCCAGGCCAUCGAAACGAGCCACAUUGAGAAGAAGAUUGCAUGCAACCAGGCCCAGGCCACCAUGGACAGCAGCUCCUGUGCCUACAGCGAAGCUGCGACAGUGGCCUGCAAGACUUGCUACACAGACGCCGCGACGUCCUAUGAAAGCAGCAAGCCGGGCUUCGCUUCGCAGCAGCAGAGCAUGCGCCAUGAGAUGGAGGCCAUUCUGCGCAUCACCUGCUAUCUGAACGCCCUGGAUGACGCCGACAAGUCCGCGGCUCUGACAACGUGUUCUGGACAGGACCACUCGACGGACGCAGAGGUUGUGAGCAUCGCCCUCACAUACCCCAAUCCUCUAGAGGCAAGCUGCUCUGCUCCGAGCGGAGUUGCGGGCACGGCUGAGUACGAAGCUUCCGUAUAUGGUGUGCUGCCAAGUGAUGCCCCCGCCGCUGCGUGCGCGGCCUCCUGCUGCGACACGAGUCCACAGCUCCGCAAGGUCUUCACAUCCUGCGGCGCGAAUGGGCCCUACGGCCCCUCGCAGGACGACUGCGACAAGGCCUACGGCAACUCGGACGUCUUGGUGCCAACCACCGAUGAAUUGAAGCGUGGCUACCAGAUCUUUACCGUUCCGGAGACUGGCAGCUACGUCCUCCUGGCUGCAGGAGCAGCGGGUGGCCAAGUCUCGGAGGGAAUCCCCGGCAAAGGUGCAGUGGUAUCUGGCAAGUUCACGCUGGACAAGGGCACGAAGCUCGUCAUGGUUGUGGGCCAGAAGGGCAAUGAUGGUGACUCAUGCAAUGAUGGCGGCGGUGGAGGUGGAGGUGGAACCACCAUUGCAGUGCUUGACCAAGGAACCGACCAACUCACCGGCGACGUGCCGACCGAUCUCCGCCAGAAGAUGGUCAAGCCCUUGCUCGUUGCAGGAGGUGGCGCAGGAAACGAUGACAAUGCCUACUGGGGCUGCAAGCACCGUUUCCAAAUUUCAGGAAGCCUUGUUGCCCAAAUUCUCGUGCCAUAG